AUGCGUGAAGCCAUCACGCUCGAUAAACGUGUCGCGAUUGGCUUGUACCGGUUGUGUUCUUCAGCUGAAGACCGUAGUGUCGCCGAAUUGUUUGCUGUGGGACGCUCAACCGUCAACGUGGCCUACAGAGAGUUGUGCGAGGCUGUUAUCCACACUAUGGAGGCGGAGUGGAUCAAGAUGCCCACAGCUUCAAGCAUGGCCGAGCACAUUCGCGAGUUCACGGCCACGUACAGCAUCAUCCUCCUCGCACUGGUCGACCACAAGUAUAGGUUCCGGUACAUCAAUGUGGGUUCUGGCUGCUGCCACGAUGCAUAUGUGUACCACCGGUCAAGACUAGCAGACGCAGUCAAGGGCCCCCUGUUCCGCCGACCACUAGCAACAAUCAGUGGUACAGCUGUGCCACCCUUAAUACUAGGCGACCAAGCAUUUCCACUCACUGUAAACCUGAUCAAGCCAUUCAGCCACAGGGCACAGUCAAGUGAAGAACAAAGGUUAUUUUUUUACAACCUUUCCGAAGCCCGACGGAUUGUGGAAAAUGCCUUUGGUAGGCUCAAGGCAAGAUUUCGCUUUAUCUUGAAAAGGAUGGAGUGCAACAUCGACAAUGCCCGCCUUGUCAUUCGUGCCUGCUGUGCUCUGAACAAUGUGUGCGAACAUUUUGGUGACACUGUGCUCCAACACUGGUUGGUCGAGGCUCAAAACAAUGAUGGCGGCCUCCAUCAGCCUGACCACAGCACAGAUGCUGAGGAAGGCACAGGCAGUGAUGCGAGAGCAGCUCUUGUCAAGCACUAG